AUGGGUUUAAAUAUGGCAAUAGAUUUGGGUGUGCAAGAAUUGAUUGUGUUGGGAGAUUCUGAUUUGCUUAUUCAACAAGCUCAAGGCGAAUGGAAAACUCGAGACCUCAAGCUUCUUCCAUACAAACAAUGUGUAGAAGAUCUUAGCAAAAGGUUUAGGUCCAUCGAUUUUAGAUACAUCCCCAUCUUUCAUAAUGAAUUGGUAGAUGUCUUGGCUACUUUGGCUUCAAUGCUUCCAUAUCCAGGAAACACUUGCAUCACUCCCUUGAAGAUUCAAGUUCAGGAACAAUAUGGCUAUUGUAACACUAUUGAAGCAGAAUCGGAUGGUGAGCCAUGGUACCUAGAUAUCAAGCAUUUCUUGCAAACAGGGAAAUAUCCCAAGCAUGCCAAUGGAAGCCAAAAAAGAACUAUUAGAUGUACAGCUAGUGGUUUCCUUUUUAGCGGGGAAGUUUUAUAUAAACAAACCCCGGAUCUAAACUUGUUGAGAUGUGUGGAUGCCGAAGAAGCCAAGAAGAUCAUGAAUGAAGUACAUUCUAGGGUAUGUGGACCACACAUGAAUGGAUAUGUCCUUGCGAAAAAGAUACUCCGAGAAGGAUAUUACUGGCUUACCAUGGAAAGGGAUUGCUUUCGCUUUGUGGAAACACAUCAUGAGUGUCAAAUUCAUGGUGAUCUCAUUCAUUCACCUCUUUCAGAGUUACACCCCAUGGUCGCUCCUUCGGCCUUUGUUGCAUGGGGAAUGGAUGUCAUCGAACCAAUUCAGCCAAAAGCUUCUAAUGGACAUCGAUUCAUUUUGGUCGCAAUUUAUUACUUUACCAAAUGGGAGGAGGCAAGCAACUUCCAAGGCAGUCACUAA